ACCUCACGAAACAGUGUAGAUGAAAUUUUGAAAUUAGCGAACGACCAAAAACAGUCGAUAACGGCUUUACCGACCGCUCGGCCCAGGGGUCGAUACGGUCGGAGCCUGCGCCGCUGCUUUUCUCCGGCGAAGACUAUCCCUUUGCAGACGCCGCCAAACCAAGCAAAUUAAGCGCCAGCCAGUCAGCGUAUCGUUCCACUAGUGAAGUUUUGUUUGUGUCGCUCUACAAUGCACUCUACCAGAAGUGUUUACUGAGGAUAACUGUGCGUCGCACACUAUAACACCGAAAUAUGAAGAGGUUUCCGUUGCUGAUAUGGCUUGGUUUGUGCUGUUGCUUGUUCGACCUGACGGUCAACGCGGUCGACCCAGCGGAAAAUGAAAUAGACAAUUACGCCCACAAGAAUCAUCAAGAGCAUCCCAAAUCCCCAGCUAGCGAGCUAAUUCAUGAAGUGGACAUCAUCAAACUAAUAAACGUGUCGGCCAAAGACCAAGGAGUCUCUCUCGUGGAGGGCCCCAUCAGGAAAUUCCCCGCCUACAAGUUCCGUUUGCCGUACGGCAAUGUCCCGCUGCCAAACUCGACGGCCGUCACCGCCGCCAUGAACAACCCCAACGGUUUCACCGUGGUGUUCCUCGUGAGGCAGCAGAAGAACAACUUAGGGACGCUCGUCUCGGUGAACUCACCCGGUAGAUUGACCCCGUGGUUCCAGCUCACGUCCAACUCCAAGACCGGGAGUUUGACUUUGAAAUAUAGGGUGCAGGGAUCGAACAGACUGAGACAGAUAGACUGGGGUCUGCCGAAACAUCACAGGAAGUCGCCUUUGGCUGCAUGGACCUGGAUCUCAGUGUCUGUCGAUUUCCGUACGGGAACCAUCCGGUUGGAUCUGGAUUGCCACCCGAGCCGCUUUGAGUCUUUAACACCUGGCAAGGACCAUGAGAGGAUAACCGUUCCUGAUGACGCCCUUGUGUACUUCAGGCAGGAACCUGGCAGGAAGAAAAAGUUCUUGGGUUCCAUGCAAGUGGCCAAGGUUCUUCCCUACGUAGUAGAGAGUAGGCUGUGGUCCUGUUUGCAGAUUUCCCAAAAUCUGGCACCGGGUUUUAGGAAACCCCUUCUGUAGGAGCGUAGGAGUAGAUUUUGAGAAGGAAUGUGAUACCGAGCAGCCAACGAAGAAGGCAUCCAAAAAAAUGAUAAAU